AUGGAGAUGAGGCUUGUCGCCUGCGAGCGCAUGUCAGGGACACAAUGCUUGAAAAAGACUCCAUUGAGUUCGUGCUUCGUGGAGCAGCUUGUCUGCAAUGGAGAUGAGGCUUAUUGCCUGCGAGCGUAUGUCAGGGACACAAUGCUCGAAAAAGACUCCAUUGAGUUCGUGCUUCGUGGAGCAGCUUGUCUGCAAUGGAGAUGA